CUUUUGGUGGGCAAUGGUUAACAACAAAGAUCAGCCACAAUUCAAAUCCACGAACAGGACAAAAAACCCAAAGAAACAAUGGCUUUGAGAGCUGCUACUGUUGUAUGUGUUGAAAGGGGAAGGAAUCCUAAAUUUCUUUCAGUUUACCCUCAACUUAUGAAAACCAGAUUUCCUUCCUCUCUUGAAUCUUCUCCACUUCAUCCAAGAAUUAUCUCAUAUCAAACUCAUAACCAUAAAAAACAAGACAAUUUCCAACAUGGUAAUUUUGAUAAAUCAUUUACGAGAUUCAACAAUGGUAUUCGUGCGAUUAAUACAGACGCUACAGCGGAAUCAAAAACAUCAUCAGAGAAUGAAAAUUUGUCUGGAAUCUGGAAGAUUAAAAUGCUUUAUGAUGGUGAUUGCCCACUUUGUAUGAAAGAGGUAAACAUGCUUACAGAAAGGAAUAAAAUGUAUGGGACUAUCAAAUUUGUUGAUAUAAGUUCGGAAGAUUACUCUCCGGAGGACAAUCAAGGAAUUGACUACAAAACUGCUAUGGGGACUAUCCAUGCAAUCCAGUCUGAUGGAACUGUUGUCACGAGUGUUGAAGCAUUUAGAAGGCUGUAUGAAGAAGUCGGACUUGGAUGGGUUUAUGCUGUCACCAAGUACAAACCAAUUGGAGUCGUAGCUAAUGCAGUGUAUGCAGUUUGGGCUAAGUACCGUAUGCAAAUUACAGGUCGACCUUCGUUGGAAGAUGUUCUGGAAGCAAGAAUGAAAAAACAGGGUGGUGAAGUGUGCAAGGACGACAAAGCUUGUAAAAUGUGAAGUUUCAUUAGCUAUUUUUACACUUAAUACUGACUGUUUUACCAGGAUGGAAAUGUAUCUUUUGUAUCCCAGCGCCAUGAGGCAGUAGAAAUUUCAGUUUUGUUGAAAAAGCGUAGAUAAAAGGGUCUUGUAAUUAGAUUUUCUUUACUAAGAUUGUUGUAUAUCUUCACAAACCACAGUAAAUCAAAAAAGAUGCAAACUAUUGAAGUUCAGACUUGAUUUUA